AUGGCGACGCUAUGGCUCGUGCUCCACCUGAUCCCACUUUGCUGGGCGGCCAGCAACGAGGCCAACAGUCGGAUUGUGGGCGGUGUACCGGUGGACAUCGCUAGUGUGCCCUACUUAGUGAACCUACGCAUCGGUGGCAACUUUAUGUGCGGCGGUUCAUUGGUUACACCCCAGCAUGUUGUCACCGCUGCCCACUGCGUCAAGGGAAUUGGCGCUUCUCGUAUCCUAGUCGUUGCCGGGGUAACGAAACUUACGGAGACGGGUGUCAGAAGUGGUGUGGACAAGGUUUAUACCCCAAAGGCUUACAACACCCGCACCCUCACCUCAGACGUUGCUGUUUUGAAACUAAAAGCUCCCAUCAGCGGUCCCAAGGUGUCCACCAUUGAGCUGUGCAAUGCCAGCUUCAAGGCAGGCGAUCUGAUCAAGGUCUCUGGCUGGGGACAAAUCACGGAGCGCAACAAGGCGGUUUCAAUGCAGGUGCGCAGCGUAGAUGUGGCGCUCAUUCCCCGAAAGACCUGCAUGAGUCAGUAUAAGCUGCGCGGAACCAUCACCAGCACCAUGUUUUGCGCCUCAGUGCCGGGCGUCAAGGAUUCCUGCGAAGGCGACUCCGGAGGACCUGCCGUAUAUCAGGGUCAACUAUGCGGAAUUGUGUCGUGGGGUGUUGGAUGCGCACGAAAGAGUUCGCCGGGAGUCUAUACCAAUGUCAAGACUGUUAGGAGCUUUAUCGACAAGGCUUUGGGCAUGUAGACCCCAAUAGUACAAUUUUUAGAUGCUUAAUUAGGCAUAGAUAUCUGAAUUAAAGGAAAAUGUAACCUGUUCCACUAAUAUAAGUUGGAUUACAUUUUA